UAAAGGGCAUUAGAUAAGGCCAUUAGUGCUCUGUGGAUUACAGUAAUCCAGCCCCUUUAAUAUCAGUGCGGUGGUCCACCACUCGAAAAAUAAACCAUCAUGGAGUACAGACUGCAGAACACGUUACUGAUAGCCAUCCUGCUGGUGUCUGAAGGUUUUGUUGGGCUGCAAGCGCAAGAGGAUGGCGAGGGCAACGACACAUGGGCUGAGAAAUCCUGCAAGUGUGACUGCGAUGAAUCCUCUAGCAAACUGCUUUCCAAAGGUUCUUCUUCAAGUUGGGCGCAGCAGAUGGACUGCAUGCCAGAGUGUCCCUACCAUAAGCCCCUGGGUUUUGAGGCAGGAUCUGUGACUUCAGAUCAGAUGAGCUGUUCUAAUGAAGACCAGUACACAGGCUGGUUCUCCUCCUGGAUUGCAAGCAAGGCAAGACUCAACAGCCAAGGGUUUGGGUGUGCUUGGCUGUCUAAGUUCCAGGAUACCAACCAGUGGCUUCAGAUUGACCUGAAGGAGAUCAAAGUGGUUUCUGGGAUCCUGACCCAGGGACGCUGUGACUCUGAUGAGUGGGUAACCAAGUACACUGUGCAGUACCGCACCAAUGAGAAACUCAACUGGAUCUACUACAAGGACCAAACUGGAAACAACAGGAUGUUCUAUGGAAACUCUGACCGUUCUUCCACAGUCCAGAACCUGCUGCGUCCACCUAUUGUAGCCCGUUACAUCCGUAUCCUCCCCCUUGGCUGGCACACUCGCAUCGCCAUCCGCAUGGAGCUGCUACUUUGCAUGAAUAAAUGCACCUGAUCUGGAACACAUUCCAGCAAAAUCAUACCCAACUAUUUCCUGUACCGCCCCCUUUCUUGUAUCACAACAUGACAAAGUGAACAUCACUGCCCAAUCACUGCACUUGUUUCUUUUUUAUUUUAUUUUAUGGUAUUUUCAAGGUGGAAAUGAUCAUUAGAAUGUGUUAUAGUUGCAUUCAUUUGUGUUGAAGAUGUUUU